AUGGCUAUCUCACCGGUAGUUACCCCGCAACGUGAAGGUGUCAGAGUAGCCAUUGAUAGGGGAGGGACAUUUUGUGAUGUUUGGGCUUUCAUACCAUCUCACCUUUACACUCCACCCAUUCCUCUCGAGCUUCUUGGCAACGCCGAUAUCAUCACCGGAGACCAAGUUGACCAGGGUGUGCAGGUUACGUUCAAGCUUCUUAGUGUAGAUCCAGCGAAUUAUGAUGAUGCGCCCAGCGAAGGUAUCAGAAGGCUAUUGCAGAUAGUGAAGAAGGAGAAGGUGUUGAAAGGAGAGGUAUAUGAUACUUCUUUGAUAGAGUCAGUCAGAAUGGGUACAACGGUUGCUACCAAUGCAUUGUUAGAGAAAAAAGGUGAACCGUUCGGUCUGGUUCUGACACAGGGGUUCAAGGACAUGCUUGAAAUCGGAGAUCAGACUCGACCCGACUUGUUCGACUUGUCAAUAUCCGGAAAGGUGAAGAUGCUAUAUAAGCCUGAAGAUGUGGUACAAGCUGGAGAGCGAGUGACGCUUGAGGGAUGGUCAUUAGAUCAAAGCGCACCUAGUGCUGAUGAGUUGAUCGAACGUGCAAAAGCAGUAGGAGAUGAAGCGGUAGUCAUGGGAGUUAGUGGGGAAGCUGUCAGAAUACUUAAACCACUUGACGUCGAGAAGGUAGAGCGGGAUCUGAAAGCUUUGUUCGAUAGAGGUUUGCGUGCUGUAGCUAUCUGCCUGUUACAUUCAUAUACAUUCCCCCAACAUGAGCGAAAGAUUGGAGAGAUUGCGCGUCAAAUAGGGUUUACUCAAGUCUCGCUCUCGUCUGAUCUUUCACCCGCGAUAAAAGUCCUUCCAAGAGGUAACUCUGCUGCGAUAGACGCGUACCUGUCACCGAUAUUGAGGGCCUAUGUAGACGGAUUCAAUAGUCAUUUUGCUGGGAAGAAAGCUGGAAAGAGGAGCGAGUUUAUGAAGUCCGAUGGUGGACUGGUAUCUUCUGGAAAAUUCUCUGGACUGCGAGCUGUACUAUCAGGUCCAGCUGGUGGAUUCGUCGGUUCCGCUCUGACCGCAUAUAGUCAAACUCGUGGUCGACCUGUAGUGGGCUUUGACAUGGGAGGAACUUCAACGGACGUCUCUCGAUUCUCAGGAGAAUUCGAACUCACCUUCGAGAGCGUUGUGGCGGGCGUGCCGAUUGCAUGUCCUCAACUUUCCAUAGAGACAGUCGCUGCUGGCGGUGGAUCGAAAUUGACAUACAAAAACGGGAUGUUUGUUGUUGGGCCUGAAAGUGUUGGUGCUCACCCUGGUCCUGCUUGUUAUCGAAAAGGUGGAGAGCUAGCCAUUACGGAUGCAAACCUGGUCCUUGGACGUCUCAUUCCCUCUCAAUUCCCGCGGAUCUUUGGACCGAAUGCGGAUGAACCAUUAGAUGUGGAAGCAUCGAAGACUAAAUUCAGCAUACUUACCAGAGAAAUCAAUGCUUCGAGACCCGAUAAGAUGCCUUACACAGUCCAUGAGGUAGCUGCUGGCUUCAUCAAAGUGGCGAACGAAGGUAUGAGUAGACCCAUGAGACAGAUCACCGAACAGCGAGGAUUUGCCAUGUCCUCCCAUGAUUUAUGCUGUUUUGGCGGCGCUGGCGGUCAACACGCAUGUGCUAUAGCGGCAGGUCUAGGUAUAGAGACCGUGGUAGUUCCUCGAUUUUCCUCAAUCCUAUCGGCAUACGGUAUCGCUUGCGCUUCGCUUUCUGCCGAGGGAGCUUUACCUCUGACUGCUGAGGUGGUGGACGACUUUCAGUCAUCCAGAACAUACGUUGAAGCUGCGAAACGGAUACAAACACUCAAGCAAGAUGUUCUCAGGCAACUUCAGGAACAAGGUGCAAACGAGAGCGAGGUCGCUUUCACCGUGACUAUAGCAGCACAAUAUGACGGAGCCGAUACCAUACUCCAAAUCCCUUUCAGUCCUUCUCUCAAAUCGGACUUCAUCGAAGCACAUUUGAGAGAAACUUCGUUCUCAUCCAAUAGAAAAGUCCUUAUGUCAAAUAUCCGUGUUCGAGGCGAGGGCAAGACCUUCAAUGUUUCACCGACAGAUUAUGCAACUGGCUUAAAAGAGGCACAAUCUGUAUCGUUACCACCUACCAAGGCCUCAGCGCACAACAUCGCUUACUUCGACACAGCAUCAGGAGUCAAGGAGAUUCAGACACCCAUCUACAUUCUUAGUCACAUACCUGUCAACAGUCAGAUCAGUGGUCCAGCUAUCAUUGUUGAUUCCACUCAAACAAUCGUUGUGGAACCUUCAGCUCGAGCGACUAUUCUCAAGGAGCAUGUCAUUUUACGUCUGAAUGAUGCCGAAAGCGAAAAGAAUGAAACUCAAGAAGAGCUUUCGACGGAUCCUAUCAUGUUGGCGGUCUUUGCAAACAGGUUCAUGUCAAUAGCUGAACAAAUGGGUCAUACCCUUCAGAGAACUUCUGUAUCCGUAUCAAUCAAGGAGCGGCUGGACUUCUCGUGUUCAAUCCACGGCACAGACGGAGCUCUUGUAGCAAAUGCUCCCCAUAUUCCCGUUCAUCUCGGAAGUAUGCAAUAUGCCGUUCAAGCUCAACAUAACCACUGGCUUGGUAGGCUGCGACCCGGAGAUGUGCUCUUGACAAAUCAUCCUCAAUGGGGUGGCACACAUUUGCCGGAUCUAACAACUGUGACCCCAGUAUUUGAGCCUGGAAAUGAUACCAAAGUAUUGUUCUAUGUUGCAAGUCGGGGUCAUCACAGUGAUAUAGGUGGGACAGGUGUCACGUCGAUGAACCCAAUCGCGAAAGAGCUCUGGGAAGAAGGUGUGGUCAUCGACACUUUCAAACUUGUGUCCCAAGGCCAAUUCAACGAAGCUGGUGUUCGAGAGUUGUUCGCCAAAGUAGCUGAAAGACCUGGAUGUAGUGCUACACGUCGUAUCGACCACAAUAUCACAGAUCUUCAAGCAGCUAUAUCAGCGAACGUAAGGGGGAUCAGGCUUGUUCAUAAAUUGUUUGAGGAAUUUGGAACCAAGACUGUACUAUUCUACAUGAAGGAGAUACAAGUAGUCGCUAGAGAAACGAUCAGAGAGUUCCUAAGGACGACAUUUGACAAAUUUGGUGGUAAACCAUUGAAAGCAAGUGACUAUAUGGACGACGGUACAGAGAUCAAGCUUGAAGUACGAAUAGAUCGAGAAGAGGGAACUGCCGUCUUCGAUUGGAAUGGAACUGGUCCACAAGUGUUGGGUAAUUGCAACAUGCCUGUUGCACUCACAUACGCCGCUAUUAUCUACUGUCUACGAUCGAUGAUCAGUCCGGAGAUUCCCAUGCCCCUCAACCAGGGUGUUCUCGACCCGAUCGAGAACAUUGUUCCCGUCGGUUCGUAUAUCAACCCCACUGGAGUAGUAGCUAUAUCUGGAUCUACCAUUGCUUGCCAGAGAUUGGUAGAUAUCAUCUUGCAAGCUUUCAAAGCUGCUGCUUGUUCUCAAGGAUGUGCUUCUUCCACGGGGUUCGGAUCCGGUGGCAAAGACGCUUCUGGUAAAGUGACACCUGGAUUCUCAUAUGGUGAAUCCCUUGGGGGUGGCAGUGGUGCCGGUCCAUCUUGGAACGGUUCAAGUUGUGUGCAUGUUCACUGUACCAACACCAAACUCACUGAUACGGAAAUUUUUGAGCAACGAUGUCCGAUGUUACUGGUAGAGUCUGCAGUCCGACGGGGUUCUGGAGGUCAAGGUAGAUAUAGGGGUGGGGACGGUAUGUCCAAGCUGUUCGAAGCUCGUAUGCCCUUGAAUUUCUCCAUUGUCUCUCAAAGACGAGUCUUCCAUCCUCGAGGGCUGGAAGGAGGACAAGAUGGAGCCAGGGGCAAAAAUACUGUAUACCGAUCGAAUCGGAGUGUUGGAGUCGAAGAAGACGGAUUCACAGAAAUCGGAGUUGGUAGCAACGGUAUUGCCAAGUUAGGAACAGGAGACAGGGUAAAGAUAGAAACACCCGGAGGCGGUGGAUGGGGUUCAUCUGAUCUGUAA